CAGACGCCCAGGGGCGGGAGCAGGAGCCAUCUGCCAGCCGUCCCAGGAUGCCCAGCGCCGCGCGCGGCCUGGACUCCAUUUCCCGGCGGCCCCCACUGCGGGCCCCGCUGCCCGCCCGCGCGCCGCGGCCCCUUUGUGAGCCCGGCGGUCCGGCCGCGAGCGAGGCCCCGCCCCGGCCCGCGGGCCGCUGGGCUCCCGGCGGCCGACGGCGCGCAGGGAGGUGCCGACCCUCGGGGAGGAGGCGCUCUGUUUUUCCAGACACUGCCCUUCCAUUGAGGAGCCUGAAGGAGGUGGACAGAAGAGCUGUCAUAAAUUCUUAAAUUCUUAAAGCCAUGUCCAAGGAUUUGGUGACAUUUGGGGAUGUGGCCGUAGAUUUCUCCCAAGAGGAGUGGGAGUGGCUGAACCCUGCUCAGAGGAAUUUGUACAGGAAGGUGAUGUUGGAGAACUAUAGGAGCCUGGUAUCACUGGCAGGAGUUUCAGUUUCUAAGCCAGAUGUGAUCUCAUUAUUGGAACAAGGAAAAGAGCCCUGGAUGGUGAAGAAGGAGGGGACAAGAGGCACAUACCCUGAUUGGGAGUAUGCAUUUAACAACAAUGAAUUUUCAUCAAAGCAAGUUAUUUAUGAAGAAUCAUCCAAAGUACUGACAAUGGGAAGAAGCCAUCUUAGUUAUAGCCUUGACUGCCCCAGUUUGAGAGAAGACUGUAGAUGUGAGGACUGGUUUAAGAACCAGUUAGGCAGUCAGGAGGUACAUUCUAGACAACUGAUCACCACUCAUGAAGAAAUCCUCACUGAAGAUAAAAGUAAUGAAUAUACUAAAUCUUGGCAAACUUUCCAUCAGGAUGCAAUAUUUGAUAUAAAACAGAAUUUUCCCACCAAAGAAAGAGUACAUAAGCAUGAGCCACAAAAGAGAAACUACCGAAAAAAAUCUGUUGAAAUGAAACAUAAGAAAGUCUGUGUACAAAAGAAACUUUUGAAAUGUAAUGAAUGUGAGAAAGUUUUCAACCAGAGCUCAUCUCUUACUCUUCAUCAGAGAAUUCAUACUGGAGAGAAACCCUAUGCAUGUGUUGAAUGUGGGAAAACCUUCAGCCAGAGUGCAAACCUAGCUCAACAUAAGAGAAUACAUACUGGGGAGAAACCUUAUGAAUGUAAAGAAUGUAGGAAAGCCUUCAGCCAGAAUGCACACCUUGCUCAACAUCAGAGAGUUCAUACUGGAGAGAGACCUUAUCAGUGUAAAGAAUGUAAAAAAGCCUUCAGCCAGAUUGCACACCUGGCUCAACAUCAGAGAGUUCAUACUGGAGAGAGACCUUUUGAAUGUAUUGAAUGUGGAAAGGCCUUUAGUAAUGGUUCAUUUCUUGCUCAGCAUCAGAGAAUUCAUACAGGAGAGAAACCUUAUGUAUGUAAUGUGUGUGGGAAAGCCUUUAGCCAUCGUGGAUACCUAAUAGUACAUCAGAGAAUUCAUACCGGAGAGAGACCUUAUGAAUGUAAGGAAUGUAGGAAAGCUUUCAGCCAAUAUGCACACCUUGCUCAACAUCAGAGAGUUCAUACUGGAGAAAAACCUUAUGAAUGUAAAGUAUGCAGGAAAGCAUUCAGCCAGAUUGCAUACCUUGAUCAACAUCAGAGGGUUCAUACUGGAGAGAAACCCUAUGAGUGUAUUGAAUGUGGGAAGGCCUUUAGCAAUAGUUCAUCACUUGCACAACAUCAGAGGAGUCAUACUGGAGAAAAACCUUAUAUGUGUAAGGAAUGUAGGAAAACAUUUAGCCAGAAUGCAGGCCUUGCUCAACAUAAGCGAAUUCAUACUGGAGAGAAACCUUAUGAAUGUAACAUUUGUGGGAAAGCCUUCAGCUACAGUGGAUCUCUUACUCUACAUCAAAGAAUUCAUACAGGAGAGAGACCCUAUGAAUGUAAAGAUUGCAGAAAAUCUUUCAGGCAGCGUGCCCACCUUGCCCAGCAUGAGAGAAUUCAUACCAUGGAGUCAUUCUUGACUCCUUCCUCUCCCUCACCCUCUAUGUCCAGUCAGUUGCCAAGACCUGUAGGUUUUAUCUCCUAAAAAUGCCUUGAACCAGACUCCUUUAAUCCAUUUCCCUUCCAUUAUCUUUGUCCAAUACACAGUAAUCUAUUUCAUAUGGACUAUGGAAAUAACUUUCUGAUUGGUCUCCCUGUAUUUACCAUUUCCUUUGUCAGUUGCCUACACUGUAGUCAAACUUGUACUUUAAAAGUUUGACGAUAUCACUUCUCCUUCAUUGGUACCCUUCAUUGGUUCCCAUAGUUCUUAGGUUAAAGCACACAUUCCUCAAAAUAGCGUAAAAGACCCCCUGCUCCAGAUACCUUGUUCCAUUUAUACCUUACAAAGUACUGUUUUGUGUCAAAAUCCAUCUAAUUCUUUGGACAAUUAAGAACUCCUAUUCCAGCAUCAAACAGAUCUGGGUUCUAAUCCUUGCUCUUCCAUUUUCUAGCCCUCUAGUUUUAGAGAAACAUUUUGUCCUUUGUAAGGUUCAGUCUUAUUUAUAUUAUGGGAAUAAUAAUGGUACUACCUCAAAAGUUGAUGGGAGAAUUAAAUGAGAGAAUGCAUGUAAAUUGCUCAGAGUGCCUAGCAUAAAGUAAUCACUUAAUAAACAUUACUGUAAAAUGAAGAGAUAUUGUGGUAUACAAAGAAGACCUGAUCAUCUUAGCAGGGAUCAUCUGAGAAAAGCAGUAGCAGCUCAACACUCAAGAGAUUAUAAAUAUUUUUGAUUAAGAAUAGCAGUCAUUGUUCUAAAGUGGUUGAUAAGGGCAUCUAAUACAGUAGCAUUGGUGUUAAAGUCCAUGAUGAUACAGAGUAAGAUCUGACUUUGUUGGUAAAAACUUCAUUAGAUAUUCAGCAGUUCUAAUAAGCCAGAUUUUAAAAAUCACUAGUAACAAGUAGGCUUUACUAAGAUAUAUUCAACAUUUACACUUAGACAAAGGCAAAAUAGGUAUUUUUUAAAAGACAAAAAGACCAAUAACCAAAGAAGAAUAGAAAAUAAAAUGGAAGUUUGAUCCCUCUCCUAAUUCCAGGUGGUUGAAUUGUAUUAAAUCUAUGUCAUUUAAAACUGAAAAGGUCGAGCUAGCUCUCCAAGCUGUAAUUCUGAAACUAGAGGGGAAAAGAAGAUUACAGAUCAGUACUCCUAAACUGGCUGCCCACAGACAUUUGAUUUGGUAGUCACCGAGUUUAACAUGAAUACAAAAUAAUAAUAAUAAUAAUAAUAAUAAUAAUAAUAAUAAUACCUUUAUGUGGGCAUGUUUUCCAGUUCUCCACAGUUCAAACCACUCCUUCUUUACAUCUGAUUUAUUUUACACUUUAUAUUACUUCCUGACUCCUGGAGGCUUUGAGUAUGCAAUCAAUUCAGAACCAACUCACACUGCAUUACAGGUAUGCAGAAAAUGGAUGAAAAGGAAGACUUGAAUAGACACUUUAUCCUUCUGCAGGGGGAAGACUAUUCUAGAGAUGUUAGAGGCCCAAAAUUAAUUUACAGACUCUUUGUAACUAAUAGAAUCCUAAUUUUUUUUUAAGGCUUGAAACACUGUGUGCAUGUCAAUGCACACACAUAUACAUUCAUACAGGGAAACACAUAAAUACAUAAAUAAAGGUACUAUGUCAGUGGCUUAACAGUAUUAAUAACAUUAAUUCUGCUCUACAAAACCAACUCCCUCAUCCUUUUAUCUGAAUGUAAAAGUUAUUAAAGGACGCUGUAAUUUAUAAUCACAGUGAAAACAAUCUUCCUAAACAAGACAUGAGAUCCAGAAGCCACACACACACAGAUUCCAGGUUUUACUGCAUAGGAAUUUUAUUAAGCCUUUAUAUAGUCAAAGACAGUAUAAACACAAAGUUUUUUAUUAUCAGUAUUGUAGAUAUUACAACAUAUAUGAAAUUCAUAUCCUUAACAUAAAAGUGCUCCUACAGAUCACUUAGGAAAUGACACUACUCCCAUGAGCAAAGGAUAUAAAGAAGCAACAGGUGACUGGUGACAGAAUCUCACUAGAAUAAGAACAAGUUAAACGAACUAUCCAUUUGUCAAUAUCAAACUGAUAAAAUCUGCAUUGCAAAAGCACAGAAAAGGAGAUACUUCUAUGCAGUGAUAUGAGGAAGUAUGAAUUUGUACAAAAUUUCUGAAAGGUAACUUGUCAAUAUCAGAAUUUUCACUGGGACAAUCAGAAUUUUCUUUACAAAUUUACUUUAUUUCCUUAUCCCAUUAAACAGAUAAAACAAUGUAAAAGGUACCAAACAAAAAAGAUCAGAAAAGAGGAUCAUCAGUGGAUGAGAGAGUUGAAUAAUAGACAAAAGGGAAGAAAGUGUUUAUUCAUGAAAUGUAGCAGAGGCUGCUGCUAUCUGAAAUGUUUGAAUGAUAGGGAUGUCAGUAACAGAAGCCACUUUACAGAGGCUGGGGGUAAUAAGAAACAGUGACAAGACUGUUCAGUGCCUUUCUAUGUGACAGUCAACAGCUUCCUCACUUCACCCUCUCUUCUGUAAGUAAAUUGAAUAGGAUCCUUCACACCAUCCACAAAAAUGAGUUCCAGUUAAAUAAAUUCUUAAAUGUAAAAUUAGCAAGUAUUAUAAGAAAAUAUAGUAGGCUAUAUUUACAAACUGGGAUUGAACAUAUCUUUCUAAAAAAUGCUUUUAAACAAUUUAAAAACAACAGAAGGGAAGAAAUUAUAACAACAUAUAAAGGGAAAGAUGUAAGAACACCUAUAAGUAAAGGACAACUAAACAAGUAUAAAAAUGGACAAAGUAUAAGAAUAGGUAAAUCAUAGAAGAAAUCGGGAUGGCUCAUAAAGGAGUCCGUGCUUAACCUCACUAGUAUUGAGAUACAGAUUUAAAUAAUGUAAUAUCAAAAAGUGGCAGCUGUAUGGAGAAAUGAGUACUCCUCAUUGCCAUUUUGGAGGCAGUGAAGUUUUUAACAUGUUCACUCAAGUCCCUUUGGAAGGAAGGCAGUAUGAUUAGUACAUGAAACACUGGAAACAAUCUAGAUUUCCAUGGGACUUGACUAGAAAUACUAGCAGCAGUUUCAAAGAAGGGACCAAUGAUAUAGACAUGGAUGGAUUUGUCUAAAGGACACUGAAGCAGCAAAUUUUGCAGAUUUGCACAGUAUUAUAUAUUUUAAAAACAUUUCUAACACAUUUAAAUAAGUAUGCAAAUAUUUAGAAAGAGUCUGGAGAGACACACCCAACUAAUAAGUGUUCCUUCUAGGGAGGAGACUGGGAUUGGAUAUUCUGGUCAAGAGGAGAUUUUGUGUUCUCUGUAGUAUUUGAAGUUUUAAACAACAAUGUAAGAAAUUUAACCUAUGAAAAAGUGAACUUAGCAUGAAAGAAAGUUGGCAGGUAAAUUAGAACCUUUUUGGAAUUUAGAGAAUAUUAGCUCAUCGACUUGCCAGUCCUUCCCAAGCAUACAGAGAUCCCAGUAACCUUUCCCAUCCAGGGAAACUGAUAUACAGCUACCUGGAAUAAUCAAGCCAUAAUCAGAUUUUUAAAAAAGUAAUCUCUAUACCCAACAUGGGACUCAACUCACAACCCUGAGAUCAAGAGUUUUAUGUUCUACCAACUGAGCCAGCCAGAUGCCCCAAGCCAUAUCAUUCCUAAAUGUUGAACAGACAAUUAAGGAUCAUAACAUAUGAAAACUAUCAGAAGAAGAAGCAAGAGACCGAAAUAAACCUACAGUGGGGAAAGUUAUGUAAUAACAGAAGAAAACAAAAUUUAUAUUAAAUUUGAACCUAAGUACUCCCAUAUUUAUGGGAAUCUAUAUAAAAAAAUUAGAUAAUACUGUACACCUGAAGUGGAUGCAACAAUGUUAACUAUACUGGAGUUAAAAAAUUUUUAAAUCGUUUUAAAGAAAAAAAUAGUACAGAAAGAAAUCGUCUGUUUUGUAGAAAAAAACAAAUCAGAACUCCUAAGAAUGAAAAAAAUGUUAUUGCUGUAAUAAACCUAACAGAAGUUUUUAAAGAAAAUUUAGGAAACUUUCCAAGCUCAUAAAUUAUAAACAAAAAGGGACAUUCAAUUAAUAGGAGUUCCAAAGAAGUUUACAGAGAAAGGAUAUCAAAUGAUUGAGAACCUUUAUAAACUGAAGAAAGUUAUGAAUGUUCAGCUUGGAACAGUUCAAGUGUUGGGCUGAACUGGCAAAAACAAUUACAAUGGGAAAAAAAUACAUCCAGAAAUAUGCUUGUGAAAUUUCAGAAUACUGAAGAUGAAACCAUCCUUUUCAAAAAGCUUUAAAAAAAUGUGAAUGUCUCUAAAAAGAACAUUCAAGAUACCAUUAGCCUCCUCCCUGUCAGCAAUAUUAGAUAAUACAGAAUGUGCUGCACCUUCCAAGUUACAAAGUAAAAUUACUUUGAACCUAGAAGUCUAUACCCAAACAACAAUAAAGCGUGAGACCAAACACUGAUAUUCUGUAUGUGUAGUUUGCUUCAGUUUACUCUCAUUUAUCCUUUAUUAGGGUACUAAAGGAUUAGCUUUAGCAAAAUUUGGAUGAAACAGGAAGGCGGCAGCAGGAAAAACUUCAAUAAACACAUGUGAUUGGGAAAGCGGUGCUGAGGAUGACUAGGAUGAUGGUUCUACAACCAUCAGAUCAAAUCACUCUAGGCUACAAAUCCAGGAACUCAAUGAAGAAAAUCUUCAGGAAGAUUGAAAUAGGUUACAUUAAGUAGGUACGAAGUUGGAGGAUUAUAACAAUACGGUGAAGAAUAAAAGUUUGUUCUUAGGAAGACAGGCAGUUAUUGGCUUUGAAAAACCAUACCAGUUAUCAGGUCUGAAUAUAAAGUCCCCAUGAAAUGCGGUAUGAUUUUGGAAAACAGAAAUGAAAAAAUAAAAUCCAUUUGACUGAUACCAGGAAGACUCCUCUAAGUGCAUACUGGGAUAACAUCGGACCUAUAGAGGAGGAAAUGUAAUCUUCACACACUGCUUGGCUCCAACUCUUCAGAGAAUAUUUACACCAUGAUAAUGAUUGAGUGCUAUUUUAUUUCCAACUUUACAAUAUAUAGACAAGUCACUUAA